CUCCUAAAGUGACGGAACCCUAUUAACUAUCUACAGGACCCUUCCUUUCGGACCUUCAAUUUCUUGUCUUAUCCCCCCUUAGCCAUGGCCAGAGCUUUGGAGCCGCUAAUUGUUGGGAGGGUGAUUGGAGAAGUCCUGGACUCCUUCAACCCCAGCGUGAAGAUGGUGGUAGCCUACAACUUUAACAAGGUGGUCUGCAAUGGCCAUGAGUUCUAUCCUUCUGCAGUCACUUCCAAGCCCAGGGUUGAGGUCCAAGGGGGUGAUAUGAGGUCGUUCUUCACGCUGGUCAUGACAGACCCAGACGUUCCGGGUCCUAGUGAUCCUUACCUGAGGGAACACCUUCACUGGAUUGUGACUGAUAUUCCAGGCACCACUGAUGCUUCUUUUGGAAGGGAGGUGGUGAUUUACGAGAGCCCGAGGCCCUCCGUAGGCAUCCAUCGCUUCGUGUUCGUUCUCUUCAAGCAGAAGCGAAGGGAGGUCGUCACCCCGCCGGCCUCGAGGGAUAACUUCAGCACCCGCCGCUUCGCGGAGGAGAACGACCUCGGCCUCCCUGUUGCCGCCGUCUAUUUCAAUGCGCAGAGGGAGACCGCUGCCCGGAGGCGCUGAAGCCUGGCUAGCUGGCUCUUCCUCUCUCGACAUCUAAAUCAGAAUUCUUGGACGAGCUUCCUUUCUUCACGCAGAAUAAUAUUUAAGAUCAAGCGAGCUCUGGAGGCUCCAUAGUUAGGUUCUUUUCCUUCCGUUUCCAAAGUCUAGUGUGAUGGAGAACGAUGUGUUGACCCUGAACAGUGUGUGAGUUGCAUGUUGCUCCAUCCCAAAAUGUGACGUGUCGAUUGGAAAAAGGCCCUGAGGCGUACAAACCUCGGUGGCCACCCAUGGCUUUGUGCUCUUCUUAGUACUGCCCACUUAAUUUGACUGUUGGUGUUACUCUUUGCUGGUGUACCUGCGCUGAUUGCUAUCAUAUGAUGAGACUCGCGUGCGCCUUGUCUUCUCUCU